AUCGUCCAAAUCGCACAGCUGCCGGCCCAGUCGCCGCAAGCCAAAGCAACACACUGAAAUGGCACUACUCUCCCAGCAUCGUCACUCCCAGCCGGUAGGAUGUCUCCGUCUCCUCCUCCUCUCCCUCUGCCUCCCCACAAUCGCCGCCGCCACCGGCCGCCGCUACCCGUGCGAGCGCCCUUGCAACUCCUACCCCUUCUGCAACGCCUCCCUCCCCGUUGCGGCCCGCGCCCGCUCCCUCGUCUCCCUCCUCACCCUGGACGAGAAGAUCCAGCAGCUCUCCAACACCGCCGCCGCCGUCCCCCGCCUCGGCCUCCCACCCUACCAAUGGUGGUCCGAGUCCCUCCAUGGCCUCGCCCCCAACGGCCCCGGCGUCUUCUUCAACGGCACCGUCCGCUCCGCCACCGCCUUCCCCCAGGUCAUCCUCUCCGCCGCCGCCUUCAACCGCACCCUCUGGCGCGCCGUCGCCAAGGCAAUCGCCAUCGAGGCCCGCGCCAUGUACAACGUCGGCCAGGCCGGUCUCACCUUCUGGGCGCCCAACAUCAACAUCUUCCGCGAUCCCCGGUGGGGCCGCGGCCAGGAGACUCCCGGCGAGGACCCCAUGCUCACAUCCGCCUACUCUAUCGAAUACGUCAAAGGAUUUCAAGGGGAGUACGAUGGCGAUGUCCAAGAUAGAAUUGGAGAAUCAAGAAUUUUGGAGAGAUCCGGCGAGAUGAUGGUUUCAGCCUGCUGCAAGCACUACACUGCUUAUGAUUUGGACCACUGGCACAAUUUCAGCAGAUAUACUUUCAAUGCUGUGGUGACGGAGCAAGAUAUGGAGGAUACGUUUCAGCCGCCAUUUCAGAGCUGCAUCGAGGAAGGCCAUGCCAGCUGCUUGAUGUGCUCUUAUAAUCAGGUCAACGGGGUACCUGCUUGUGCUCGGGGUGAUCUCCUGCAAAAAGCUCGAAAACAAUGGGGAUUUGAGGGGUAUAUUACUUCUGAUUGUGAUGCUGUUGCCAUAAUUUAUGAAAACCAAAGCUACACUAAUUCUCCUGAAGCUUCCAUAGCUGAUGUCUUAAAAGCAGGAAUGGAUAUCAACUGUGGAACAUAUCUGCUUCGAUACACUGGUAAAGCAGUCAAGUUAGGAAUUGUUCGAGAAGAAGACAUCGACCGCGCAUUACUUAACCUAUUCUCUGUUCAGCUGCGCCUUGGGCUCUUUGAUGGAAACCCAGCUAAUAAUCGGUUUGGGGAGCUUGGACCGAGUAAUAUAUGCACCAAGGAGCACAGGGAGCUCGCAUUAGAAGCUGCAAGGCAGGGCAUUGUGCUUCUGAAGAAUGAUCAAAGUUUCUUGCCGCUGAGAAAGAAUAAGGUCAGCUCCUUGGCUAUUAUUGGUCCUGCCGGUAAUGACACAAACAUAUUGGGUGGUGAUUACACAGGUGUCCCUUGCCGUCCGACUAGCUUGUUUGAGGGUCUCCAGGCUUAUGUACCAAGAACAUCAUUUGCUGCAGGAUGCAUUGAUGUACCUUGUAACUCGACAGAUGGCUUCGAAGCGGCUGUGGCGGUUGCUAGAAAAGCAGAAGUAGUGGUCAUGGUUGCUGGACUGAACCUAACAGAAGAGAAUGAAGAGCACGAUCGGAUUAGCCUACUGCUGCCUGGAGAACAGAUGGAUCUCGUAAAUGCUAUUGCCAAGGUGAGUAAGAAACCACUGGUGCUGGUCCUUAUGGGUGGUGGUCCUGUCGACAUUUCCUUCGCGAAGGACAAUCCAGGAAUUGGAAGCAUUCUCUGGAUUGGAUAUCCAGGUGAAGUUGGUGGCCAAGCAGUUGCAGAAGCUCUGUUUGGAGAAUUCAAUCCAGGGGGACGGUUGCCGGUGACUUGGUACCCGGAGUCCUUCACCAAGAUGCCAAUGAAUGAUAUGCAUAUGAGGGCCGAUCCCUCGCGAGGAUACCCGGGACGAACUUACCGAUUUUAUACAGGAGAGGUGGUUUACAGAUUUGGAUAUGGUUUGAGCUAUUCAAGCUAUUCCUACAAGUUCUUGUCAGUGCCUGAGAAACUUAGUGUGCCAAGUUCAUCAACUGAGGCUAAUAUCAGGAAGGAACCCCCAUAUGCCAGGAAAGAUGGAUUAGACUACUUGCACAUUGAUGAGAUCUCAUCUUGCAAGGCUUUAAGAUUUUAUGUGCAGAUUUCGGUGAUUAAUGGUGGCAAUAUGGACGGAAGCCACACUGUCCUACUGUUCUCAAGAUCAAGAGCAAACAUCAAAGGCUCCCCGCAGAAACAGUUGAUUGGAUUCAAGCGUGUGCAUACAACAGCUGGCAAAGCCACUGAAGCUAGGAUUACUGUGGAUCCCUGCAAGCAUCUGAGCACAGUGAAUGAAGAAGGUCGAAGGGUGCUACUAUUGGGAGCUCAUCUCUUGAUGGUGGAAGAUUUAGUGUAUGAAUUGGUAAUUCAAGCUUGAUCAGAAAAUUGAAAUCUGAUCCUUUAUUGAAUCUCUUGCUGCCUCAGCCUCAGUGGGACACUGUUGUUGUAAUUUUAAAUUGGUGCAACAAUAAAGGAAACAAGCGAUUAUGUUUGAAAGGUCUCAGCAUUGGCCUGGC